CCUAUUUCUAUGAACGAAAUAAUAUCUAAUGAUCGUCAAUAUUUGUCAAGUCAAGGUUAUAAUAUGAAUCCAUCUUUUCAUAAUAUACAAAGGCAAAGGAAUACCAAUUUAGAUAUUUUUCAAUCAAAUUUGGAUAGUGGAGUGAAUGGAAAUACACCAACAUUCUUUGUCAGUAGUCACGACCUAGACGCAAAUGGACAAUUAGAACAAUAA